AUGUCCAGCAAGUCGUCCUCCCCGCCGGAGUCCGGCGAGAUGCCCACCCCGCGCGGUCCCCGCCCGCCCCCCAACAAGCCCCCUCCCCGCGCCUCCAGGCGCCCCAGCCGCUCCCCCUCCACUUCCAAGUCCCCUUCCAAGUCGGCCAAGUCGUCGAAAUCCCCCUCCCCGUCCCGAUCGCCCUCAUCCUCUGGGUCGGGAUCGCGGUCCCGGAGCGGCGGCCGCGGGAGGCGGGGCCGAUCGCGGAGCGCGCGCAAGAGCAGGAGCCGGGGCCGCAGCCGGAGCGUGAGCGUGCCGGCGCAUCAUUACUACCGCGGUCGGUCGGUGAGCCUGGGGCGCUACGAGGAGCUGGCGCACAGCACCAGCACAGUGUACGUGGCGGGCCUGGCGGCGGACACGGACGAGCGGCGGCUGAGGGAGUUCUUCAGGCAGUACGGGGCCGUGGCGGAGACCAAGGUCGUCUUGGACCCAGAAACGCAAGCGUCCAGGCGAUUCGGUUUUGUUAAGUUUGAGUCGACUGGGGACGCAGAUCUGGCAGUUUCCCAAGCACAUGGAAAGACGCUCGAUGGGAAAACCAUCCGGUGCAAUCUGGCAAGAUAUCCGCCACCAAGUAAAAGACAGAGGUCAGAAAGAGAAAAGUGGAGAGAGCGGCCAAGAGACAGAAGAGGAAUGAGGUGA